AUUUAACACACACCUACUACGUACAUCCAUUAUAAAGACUCCCCCUCGGUAACGUAACCUCCACUGCUAUUCACACUCAAAAUUAUCAAAUCAAACUAACUAAAGAAUCCGAAUCCAAUGGCUGGAUUUCAAAGCAACCUGUUCAUCGUCUUCCUUUGCUCACUUUCUCUCAUCGCACCUUUUGCUCAUGCUAUAGAUGUCAAAUACUGCAAGAAGAACAAAGACUAUGAUGUCAAGGUAAGCGGAGUCGAUAUCACACCUUACCCGAUAGAAAGAGGCGUAGAGACCACCUUCACCAUUUCCGCAUCUACAGAAACACCGAUAUCGGGUGGGAACCUUGUGAUUGAUGUUUCUUACUACUGGUUUGGGGUCUAUAGCGAGACUAGCGACCUCUGCACCAAGACCACUUGCCCUGUUACCACUGGCGACUUUGCGAUCUCUCACUCCCAAUCGUUGCCUUCGGUAACUCCACCGGGUUCCUAUACACUCACAAUGAAGCUACAAGACGGUAACAAAAAUGAGUUGACAUGCAUCACGUUUGAUUUCAGCAUCGGUUGGUAUAUCUCCGAGGAGGCAGUUGCGUCCAGUUAAUUGGUUGAAGUGUUUUUUUUCAACCAGUUCGUCAAUAAAUAGAUAUUGUCCAUCGUUUUAUGUAACUUAUAUAUAAUGACUGGUGUGUGUGGUUACUCUAUCCUUUGUAUGUUAGAAAACUAUGUGUCGCCACGUUAUUCUAUCUCCUUGGUAGUUAUCAUCACAGUUAUAUUCGGUCCCAA